CAAACACUCAAACUAGUUAACACAUGGGAGUGCCAGAGGGCGGGUGCGAAAGUUGAAAGUUGAAACCCUAAACGGCGGGAAAAAGAGAAACGCCCCUGGCGGGAAUCAACAUAAAAAACGACACCCACUUCGCAUGACCAACACUUCCAAUUCUCUUUCUUUCUCCCUCUCUAGGGUUUCGAAGAUGUUCUCGGGAUCCCAAUUCGACGCCACCACCGCCUUCUCCGGAGGCGGUUUCACGUCCUCCCAGCCGUCUACCCUCAACGAUUCUUCUCCCGCGCCGUCAAACAGCCGCGAAACUCCGGGUUUGGUGCCGGUGACAGUGAAGCAGAUAAGCGAGGCCUCUCAAUCCGGUGAUGAAAAGUCGAAUUUCGUGAUCAACGGUGUAGAUCUGAACAAUGUAACACUGGUUGGGAUGAUGUUUGAGAAAGUUGAGAGAAAUACUGAUGUCAGUUUUGUUUUGGAUGAUGGAACAGGACGAAUCAAAUGUCGAAGAUGGAUUAAUGAGGCUUUUGACACAAAGGAAAUGGAGGCAGUGAUGAAUGAUAUGUACGUUCGUGUUUAUGGGCAUUUGAAAAGCUUUCAAGGUGUUAAGCAACUUGUUGCCUUCUCUGUCAGGCCUGUGACAAAUUUUGAUGAGAUCCCUUUUCACUUUAUUGAUUGCAUCCAUAACCAUCUUCGCUCCAAAAUAAAGGUGGAAGGAAUCACUUCUGCAAAUCCUUCAUCUGGCUCAUCUUUGGAAACUCCUGUCAAAAGUGCACCAAAUAGAUCUCAGGCAUCAAAUCCAGUAUGUGCACAACAUAGCGUGGAUGGACUUAAGGGUAUUGAUAAAUUGGUUAUGGACUACCUGGAGCAGCAUUCAGAUAGGUCAGAUGGACGUGGAAUACAUGUUGAUGAACUAUCACGGGAGCUCAAGCUUCCAAUUGAAAAGAUCAAGUUGUCGCUGAAGACUCUUGCAGAUGAUGGUGAAAUAUACUCCACCAUAGAUGACGACCAUUACAAAAAAGCCUGAUAUUUUAUGUAAUCUGAGGAAUAUAGCUAAGGAUUGAGCUGGAUACUAUAGGACAUGAACCAUGAUCUAUUUUGAUUUCAAGUUUCGAGAUAUGUAGAUAUGUUUCUGGAUGAAUUGAUAUUUUAUGCUCAAACUAAAAGAAUCACUUCUGUUAACGCUUAAUGAUGUUAUAGGUUGCUUUGAGAAAAAAAAAAAGUAUUUUCAAUUUUUUUUA